CAUGCCAGAGCCUACUAGAAACACACUGUACAACACACGAUUCAACAUAUUUAUGAUUCCCGUUCAUAUUACUCUAGAUGUAUUCUAGUUAUAAGCAAACUCACAUUUCUUCCAAGUUUCUUGAUUUAUUUAUAAUUCUGUACACGCAUAUCGAUACAGCACCCCAAAAGCAUAAACCGGGGGGAUGUUUCAAGUGAAUAUUUGGUGAAAAAGUGUAGCCAUAAAUAAAGAUGGAUGUUCCUUUGAGACCUCUGAAUUGUAGAACCCACUACAAGAUCAAGCCGUUUCUUGGAUUAGUCCCUCAGGGAACAACUAGCAUAUUCUCCCAAUCUUCCAAAUGGCAGAAACAUGGCACAAUGGCUCGGGUUUCUUAUCAAGUUACCGCACGUUCUGACUUCUCGAGAAGAAGGCAAAGGAAGUUUUCCACACGAAGGCCCAAGGACACUAAACCGAGGGACUUUAUGCCAAGAAUGCAGGUCCCUACAGGCACACAGAGAAGGAAUCAAAAGAAUGAUGAGGAAAACGAAAGUCCUGAUGCAUCACCAUCCAAAGAGUUCGAGGGAUCAAAUAGGAAAAUAGGAGCUGAAUUGAAAAUUACAACCAACGACGAAGAGUUUGUCAACAGCACUCAAGUGAAGGAAGCAGAUGAAGAAAGUAAAGAUGAAAGUAAUAGUGGUUUGAAGGAGGUUCUGUCUUCUACCGAACCAUCACUUGAUGCUAAAAUAAGUCAAUUUUCUGAAAAUGGAGAAAUUGACACCGUUUAUGAGGAUGUGAUGGAAUCAACAGAAUCAGAAAUAGCUUCUGAGAGGGUGUUUGAGGGAAAAGUAACCACAAAUGGUUGUAGUGAUGUUGUAGAAGAUGGAACAGUUAUCAAAGAAAAGCAGAUCCGUUUUAUUAAAGGUGAUAAAAAUGUUGAGAAAGAGGAGUCUAAAGAAGGAACAACUAUAUCUGACUCUGGAAGAAUAGCAGCAGAUAAAAUAGAUUCAGGAACAAAGGAAAUUGGAAUAGUUAAGAACAACGAUGUGAAGAGAGUUGAAAGCAUCAAAAUCAGUGAACAUCUGGUUCCAAAACCUGAGUCAAUAGAGGAAGGCCAGAUUUUGGUCGGGGAGGAGAAAAGGGAUGAAGAUUAUUCUUCAAAACUAAAGUUAAAGGAGGAUGCAAAUUUACGUAAAGAGGUGUUAGACAGGCUUGCCAAGGAAAAUUUUAGAAAAGGAAAUGCAUUGUUCUAUUAUCCUGAGGUGGUAAAACCCGAUCAAGAUUUAGAAGUAUUUCUUAACAGAAGUUUCUCCGCUUUGAAAAAUGAACCUGAAGUCAUGAUAAUGGGGGCCUUCAAUGACUGGAAAUGGAAAUCAUUUACCAUAAAGUUGAGCAAAAGCCAUCUCAAUGGGGAUUGGUUCUCUUGCCAUAUCCAUGUUCCUAAGGAAGCAUACAAGAUAGAUUUUGUGUUCUUUAAUGGACAAGAUGUGUAUGAGAACAAUGAGAGAAAAGAUUUCUGCAUAAAUGUAGAAGGUGGUAUGGAUGUGUUCGAUUUUGAAAAUUUCUUGCUUGAAGACAAACGCAGAGAACAGGACGAACUUGCUCUACAACAAGCUGAAAUGGAAAGACAACAAGAAGCACAAAAGCAAAUAGAAGCAGAAAAGGCUAAUCAAGAAGCAGAUAGAGCUCAGGCAAAAGAGGAAGUUGCAAAGAGAAGGAGAAUUCUGGGAGAGUUGCUGAAAAAGGCCAAGAAAUCUGUGGAUAAUGUCUGGUACAUAGAGCCUAGUGAAUUUAAAAGCGAGGACGAGGUCAAGUUAUACUACAAUAGGAUCUCAGGAUCGCUUGUGCAUGUUAAGGAUGUUUGGAUUCAUGGAGGACUUAAUAAUUGGACGGAUGGGUUGUCCAUUGUUUCAAAACUCACCAGAUCACAGAAAAAAGAUGGUGACUGGUGGUAUUCCAAUGUUGUUGUACCCAAGGGAGCUCUUGUUUUGGACUGGGUUUUUGCUGACGGUCCACCUCAACAGGCUAUUGUUUAUGACAACAAUAAUCUCCAAGAUUUCCAUGCCAUUGUCCCAAAAUCUAUUCCAGCGGAAUUGUAUUGGGUUGAGGAAGAACAAAAGAUAUACAGAAAACUUAAGGAGGAGAGGCAUUUGAGAGAGGAAACAGCAAGAGCAAAGGCUGAGAAAACAGCAAGUAUGAAAGCAUUAACAAAGGAAAGGACUUUGAGGACAUUUUUGUUGUCUCAAAAACAUAUUGUUUACACUGAUCCCCUAGAUGUCCAAGCUGGAAAGACUGUCACAGUUUUCUAUAAUCCUGCAAACACUGUCCUAAAUGGAAAACCUGAGAUCUGGUUGAGAUGUUCAUUCAAUCGCUGGACUCACCAUAUGAGUCCUUUGCCACCUCAGAAGAUGUUUCCUUCUGAAAAUGGCUCUCAUCUUAAAGCAAACGUCAAGGUUCCAUUGGAUGCAUAUAUGAUGGACUUCGUAUUUUCCGAGAAAGAAGAUGGUGGAGUUUUUGACAACAAAAAUGGGAUGGAUUACCACGUACCUGUAUUCGGAGGCAUCGUGAAGGAACCCCCCAUGCACAUUGUACAUAUUGCAGUUGAAAUGGCUCCUAUUGCGAAGGUGGGGGGUCUCGGUGAUGUUGUCACUAGUCUUUCUCGUGCUGUUCAGGAUUUGAACCAGAAUGUGGACAUUAUUCUUCCAAAAUACGACUGUUGGAAGUUUAACAAUGUGAAGGAUUUUCAGUUUCACAAAAGUUAUUCUUGGGGUGGGACUCAGAUAAAAGUUUGGUUUGGAAAGGUUGAAGGUCUUUCUGUCUACUUUCUGGAGCCUCAAAAUGGAUUCUUUUCGGUAGGUUGCAUAUACGGUCGUGGUAAUGAUGGGGAAAGAUUUGGUCUCUUUUGCCAUGCAGCUCUCGAGUUUCUUCUGCAAAGCGGAUUCCAUCCAGAUAUAAUUCAUUGCCAUGACUGGUCUAGUGCUCCAGUUGCAUGGCUGUAUAAGGAACAUUAUAGACAUUAUGGCCUCAAUAAAGCACGAGUUGUUUUCACCAUCCACAACCUUGAAUUUGGGGCAAACUUGAUUGGGAAAGCUAUGUUGAACUCUGACAAGGCUACAACUGUAUCCCCCACUUAUUCGCAAGAGGUUUCUGGAAAUCCUGCGAUUGCUCCUUACCUUUUCAAGUUUCGUGGCAUUCUAAAUGGAAUUGACCAAGAUAUAUGGGACCCUUACAAUGAUAAGUUCAUUCCUCUGUCUUACACUUCAGAAAAUGUUAUUGAAGGCAAAAGAGCUGCCAAGGAAGCUUUGCAGCAAAGACUUGGGUUAAAAAAGGCUGAUCAGCCUUUGGUAGGAAUUAUCACUCGCUUAACUCACCAGAAAGGAAUUGGCCUUAUUAAACAUGCUAUCUGGCGCACCCUGGAUCAUAAUGGACAGGUUGUAUUGUUAGGUUCAGCUCCCGAUCCUCGGAUUCAAAAUGAUUUUGUUAAUUUGGCCAAUCAAUUGCACUCUUCGCAUAAUGAUCGUGCACGCCUGUGUCUGACAUAUGAUGAGCCUCUAUCUCACAUGAUAUAUGCUGGUGCCGAUUUCAUUUUAGUCCCUUCCAUAUUUGAACCGUGUGGACUAACUCAACUCAUAGCAAUGAGAUAUGGUUCAAUACCCAUCGUUCGUAAAACUGGAGGACUUUACGAUACAGUUUUUGACGUUGACCAUGAUAAAGAACGAGCACAAGUUUACUGUCUAGAACCAAAUGGGUUCAAUUUUGAUGGAGCAGAUGCUGCUGGUGUUGAUUAUGCUCUCAAUAGAGCAAUCUCUGCUUGGUACAAUGGACGAGAAUGGUUCAAUUCAUUAUGUAAGCGUGUUAUGGAGCAAGAUUGGUCGUGGAACCGACCUGCACUUGAUUACUUGGAGCUCUACCGUGCUGCUCGAAAGUGAAAUCGAGAAACGGUUUGUACAUAUUCUUAAUCCGGAUUCAAUAUAGCUCUGCCUGUGUUUAAAACUAAAGUCAAUAAAGCACAACAUGGUAUGGCUGGUCUUAAAUUUUAUCGUGGUUUUAUCUUCUAGUUUAUGAUUGUAACGUGGAUUAUUUCUUGAUUAUUUAUCUGUCAUUAUUCCAAUUUCAAGUAAUUAUCAACAGAAAUCUUUUUACCCCAACACGGAAUGCAGCAAGUUUCGUGGUGAUAUCUAAUCAAACUCAAGUAUUCGUUGGGCUGA